AUUUAAUUGGAGCCAAGUACUACUCCUGGCACACGCCUAUUAAUUAUCUUCCUUUAAACUCUCCCAAUACUCACUCACUCACGGAUGAUCUCAACUUCACGUGAUUACUUAUAUAAGCGUUGACUACAUACAGACACGACAAACUAAACAAAGAGACAGUUUGGAAGGAGAAGAUCGAUGACGGAAACUGGUGAUCUCACUUCGGUUCCAACCAGCGUGAUCAAGCCGAUCCCAUUUCUUGUUAUCUUCAAAGAUUUAACGCAUGUAUUCAGUAUGGAUGCGAUUGGGCGAGAGAUACUAAGCAUGGCGUUUCCGGCGGCUUUGGCUUUAGCUUCUGAUCCAAUAGCCUCUCUGAUUGACACCGCUUUUAUCGGGCGUUUAGGAGCGGUUGAGCUAGCAGCGGUUGGAGUAUCCAUUGCGAUAUUCAAUCAAGCUUCUAGAAUUACGAUAUUCCCGAUUGUGAGCGUCACAACUUCCUUUGUCGCUGAGGAAGACACGAUGGAGAAGAUGAUGAAAGAAGAAGAAGCAAAGAAAGCUAAACUGCAGGUUCAUGCAGAUACUUUAGCUGUUCAAGAUUCCUUGGAAAAAGGCAUUGCGUCACCCACAAGUAACAACACCAACCAGCCGCAGCAAACGCCAGCUCCGGUUACAAAGUCAAGCAGCGGAUCAAACAAAGCGAAUAAAAAAGAAAAGAAGACUAUCAAAUCGGCAUCAACGGCCAUGAUCAUAGGGUUAAUCCUGGGCCUUGUGCAAGCUAUUGUCUUGAUUUUCAGUUCUAAGGUGCUUUUAGGCGUCAUGGGAGUGAAACCGGAUUCGGCAGUAUUAUCACCAGCGCACAAGUUCUUGACCAUACGAUCAUUGGGAGCUCCUGCAUUGCUUCUAUCGCUUUCAAUGCAAGGCAUCUUUCGUGGCUUCAAGGACACCAAAACUCCUCUCUAUGCUACACUCGUGGCAGAUAUUAUCAAUAUCAUUCUCGACCCCAUUUUCAUCUUUGUGCUUCGUCUUGGCGUUAGCGGUGCUGCCAUUGCCCAUGUCAUUUCUCAGUACUUCAUGACACUAAUAUUGUUCAUCCGCCUCGCGAAGAAAGUUAACUUGAUGCCACCAAACUUCGGAGAGUUGCAGUUCGGAAAGUUCCUUAGAAAUGGGUCAUUAUUGCUGGCGAGGACCAUAGCUGUGACGUUUUGUCAGACGUUAGCAGCAGCAAUGGCGGCUCGGCUCGGAGCAACACCAAUGGCUGCUUUUCAGAUCUGCUUACAAGUCUGGUUAACUACUUCUCUCCUCGCCGAUGGUCUUGCCGUUGCUGGUCAGGCGAUUCUGGCUUGUUCUUUUGCCGAGAAGGACUUCAACAAAGUGACUGCUGCUGCAUCCCGUGUUCUACAGAUGGGUUUUGUGUUAGGCCUUGGACUGUCCGUUUUUGUUGGUCUGGGCCUAUACUUUGGUGCCGGAGUAUUCUCCAAGGACCCUACCGUUAUUCACCUCAUCGCCAUUGGGAUACCGUUUGUAGCAGCAACACAGCCAAUAAACUCACUCGCUUUUGUAUUGGACGGAGUCAAUUUUGGGGCAUCUGAUUUUGCUUACACUGCAUACUCCAUGGUAGGAGUUGCGGCCGUAAGCAUUGCAGCAAUAAUAUACAUGGCAAAAUUCAAUGGUUUUCUAGGAAUAUGGAUAGCUCUUACGAUCUAUAUGGGCCUCCGAGCUAUUACUGGAAUUGCCAGGAUAGCAACCGGAACUGGACCAUGGAGAUACUUGCGUGGACGAUCGCCUUUAUCUUCCUAGGACUUAGUUAUUUUAUUAAUAACGAGAUAUAUGCAUCUUUUUCGUUUUUAGUUUCUAUUUCUCGUGUUUUCACAUUUUGUUCGAAAGACCGUUAUCUUGUUAUCUUAACAAUUUCGGAUAAAAUAAUUGGACCAAACGUUUAUCUUUUAGUGCAUCCUGGCUAGACAUUUUCUUUGUGGGGAUGUUUUGUUAGGCUAGGUGGUUCAAAUUGGUCCCGACUUCUCUUUGGUGUUUGAUGUUUAUGAAAGAAACAAAAAAAAACAGCUGUGCCC